AUGACGGAGUACAAAAAGCUCUGCGCCCUGGUGUCUCAGCUGCGGGAGGAGGUCACGUUGCUGAACCGCAAUUUUGCGGCCGGCGACGAGGAGGACGCCGAGGCGUUGCAUGCCCUUUCAGUGUCAAUUCAAACACUCGUUGCGAACGCCCGGCCGCGACUGCUGAAAAUAUUCCGCAAGGCCACCGAAACGGACCCUAAUCGCCAAAUAUACAAUGAGGCAAUGUGCGCGGCGAUAAAGCAGCUCCUUGAGGAUAUGUGCGAGGUGGUUGGAUGCCUCUUCGGGGGCUUGGUGAAGGAGAUGCUUCUCUCGGAGGAUAAACUAAGCCUCGAGGAGUGCCCAUCCAUAGCGUGGGCGGAAAAUGCGUAUAGCCAGCAUUUGCUGCGCCGUGCGCAAACAGAGGCCUGGCAAAAACGCCUUGCGACAAACUUUUCGGAUUUGUUUCUAUUUGAAACAGAAACGCGCGCCGUUUAUGGAGCGGAAGAGAAGCAGUCACGUGAGACGCUGAUGCAAGCCAAACAAACCGAUAAGACUAGUAUUCAGCAAAUGUUGAAGGCGAGAGAGGCAGCGAAAUGGGAGGCGGAGGUGCAGCGUCGCAGCGAUGAACACAGGAGGUUAAUGGAGGCCUCUAGCCAUUGCGGGGUUGACGGCAUCGAGGCCGUGUUGCUGCGUGUUCCAGAGCCGUUUCGGAAAGUUCUGGCGGGAAACAUGCUUCAGCUUGUGCGGGCCCUGCGCACAACGCCAGAGGACCCUAACAUUCGAAGAAUUCGGUGUAACAAUAUGAGGGUCAUGAUGGAGUACAGUCAUGUUGCAUUUUGUAGUGGGUGCCAAACGUGUCAGGAAUUCGUGGCCGCGGCUGAGGUUUUGUGGUAUAUGUUGGGAUAUCACGUGGAGUACUCGACCGCGCCCACGUCUUCGCUUGGCGCCAUUAUUGGCAACAGCCCACCGAUUCUGUUGCCGUGUGGCGCCCAUGCAUCCGAACAUGCACUGGCGGUGAUUGGGUUUGAGGAAUAUUCCGAGCGCUUCUUCACCCUCCGUGAGCCCGAUCCCAUGCGGGAGCCGAGUGAGUGGAUGUCUUGGUAUGCCACGCUGGAGGCGGUGGUGGGGUGUCUCGAGGACACUCUGGCCUGA